AUGGACCCUCCAAGCAAGCGCCGUCGACUGGCGCCGAAACUCCCCGGCCCUGUUCCGCCUUCCCAGAACCACCAGCCCAUACUUCCUGCCCGACCUACCCCUGAGCAGGCUCCGUCGACGAACCCUCCGAACCAGCCUGCCCACGACACGCCCUCACCCACGCAUCCCGAGAGACAUGAGUUCGAGACCUUUGCAAAACACCUGCAGGAUGCCGCCAUGUACAUCUACCGCCAAGGGCAACGCCCCCCCUACGCGCAUGUGUCGGCCCUCCUGCUGAAGUGGGACGACGAUGUCACCGCCUCGGCGGAUGUCUCCUCCAUCGAGCGCGUCCUUCGCGACCGCUACAAUUUUCACACCGAGCGCUGGGGCAUUCCCGCCGUCGCCAAUCCGUCCCCCAAGCUGAUUGCGCGCAUCGCCGAGUUCCUCAACCAGGCUGGUGCCGAUCAUCUGCUGAUUAUCUACUAUGUCGGUCAUGGCUUCGUUGGCCCCGAUAGCCAGCUGUACUGGGCCUGUAAUGCGAGAGAAGACUCACCCAAGCUCAGAUGGGAUGGAGUGCGCUAUCUCUUUGACGAUGCGCAGUCUGACAUCUUGCUGCUGUUGGACAGCUGCGCCUCUAAGGAUACACCUGUCGCCGGCAGCCACGGUGCCAAGCAAGUCAUAGCCGCCAGCACACCCGAAACCAGCCCCCGCGAACCCGGCGGCCGAACCUUCACGUCCUACCUGACCGAGGCCCUGCACAGCCUCUGCAACGGCCGUGCCUUUAACGUGCAGCGGCUGUACGACGAGAUUCUGGCCUGCCAGCACCAUCAGGAGAAGCAGUACCCUUCCCGGCCCACCAAUGGCGCCCAGACUCUUGCGCAUCCCCAUUUCAGGGCACAGCCUCCUCUUUUCCUCACACUGUCGCCCGGCAAAGACCCAACCAUCGAUUUGGCACCCGUGCCCAGGAACCAUCCAAGCCACUCCCCCCCACACUCCUCAUCGCAGCACGGUAGCCACUCCGAGGGCAAGGCCCGCAAUGGCUUAUCUGUUCUCGAGAGCGAGUCUCCAAUAGUCAGCCCUGCCGCCGUGGCCGACCUUGUUUUCGACGAGCCCCGCGUGCUGGUCUGCACCACCUUUGUUGGAGAUGCCAGCCCCGACAUGGCCAGCUUCAAGCAGUGGGUGGCCAGCACGCCUAGCCUGACCUCGAGAGUGGCUGUCGAAGGCAUGUUUCUCGGUCCUCCCACGGUGCUGCUGAUAUCCAUACCGCAGUCGUUGUGGGGUAUCAUCGAGAGCCACAACAUAUGCUUCUCCCUCGGCUAUAUUAACUCCCGGAACCUGAUCCACCUGUACGACGGUCUGAUGAAAGCGGCCACCCUGCCGACAUUGGCAUCUGCGUUGCAUGCGCCGGCACCUGCAUCUGCACCACAUGUCGCCAUGCACGCCUCCCCAGAGGAUGUUGAAGACGGCCGGACCCUUCUUGCAGCCAGGCAGGCGGCUGUUAACAACAGCCAUGCCGCCAGCCACAUGGACGACCAUCUACACUCCGCCUACUACCAGCAACACCAGCAGGGGCCGCUUCCUGCCCCAUCGCUGCCUUUGCCGCAACAGUCGCUUCCACCCCUGCAGCAUGGGCAGCACUUGCAUCACCACCUGCCCCCGCCAUCAUAUCACGAGGGCGGCAGCCCGAACCGUUACCAGUCCAACGUCCAGAGGCAAGACCCAAUUGCCCCUCAGCAGCAUCACGCCCGUAAUCAGCAGCAUAUCCAGCAUCAUCAUCAGCAGCAGCAGCAGCAGCAGCAACAACAACAACAACAACAACAACAUCAUCCUCAGUUUUCUGCGCCGCGAACGCCUCUACCUCGCAUUAUCUCUAGGGCUGGCAGUCCCGUUCCUAAGGAGGAAAUUGAGGACUCUGCCGAGAUGAAAGAGGCAGCAGAGGGGCUGAAGGCAUUGAGCCACAUCCGCCCGACGAACGGCGAUUCUACGUCGCCGACGCUACCAUCUAUGACUAGCAGUCACCUCUCGAAGAUCGCACAGGACGUCAUCAAGUGCCGGGUAGAUGCAGCCGAAGCGGAUGAUGCUGAAGCAGCAGCGGUCGGCGGAAGCCCUUUACCGAGCAGCAGCAAAAAGGCAAAGGCAAGAAAAGACUACCGUUUUAAGGCGUCAAAAUCCCAUGACGGCCAGGCUACCUCACGGCCCCGCGCCCAGUCUGAACGAUCGGCGCAGCCACUGGUACCGCUGCAGCCUCAGGGCGGCCUGCAGAGUGAUUCUCAGUGCCACUUCUGCGACCACGAGCCGUUCAAGGAUGCAUCGUCUCUUCGGAAACAUAUCGCUGCCGCACAUACGCGGCCGUUUCCCUGCGCCUUCGCCUUUGCCGGUUGCACGAGCACGUUUGGAUCUAAGAACGAAUGGAAGCGUCACAUUGCAUCCCAGCACCUCUGCCUGCAGUACUAUCGCUGCUCCGGUUGUUCGCAGAGUGCUGCCGAUGGCAAAGGCAACGAGUUCAACCGCAAAGACCUAUUUACGCAGCACUUGCGUCGCAUGCACGCCCCAGUCUACAUUCGAAAGGCGGUGCAGAAGAAGGACGGCAAGGUGGAGUCGGAGUGGGAAGACUACGUUAGGGAAAUGCAAAAGACGUGCUGUAUUGUUCGGCGCCGGCCACCACAGCGGGCAGCCUGUCCGAAGCCAAGCUGUGUUCGGCCCUUUGAGGGCCGCAACGCAUGGGACGACUGGACCGAGCAUGUUGGACGGCACAUGGAGAAUGGCGAGGGCGAGCUACUCGGCGUGGACGACCUCCUGAUUACAUGGUCUCUGGAAGAAGGGAUCAUUACACAAACAGAAAUUGGUAGCUAUCGGCUAUCCAAUCCGAUGGGCAACGUGGGUAACAACGGCGGCUUGAUAGGCAGCAGACGCAGCUCACAGAGCGUCAGCGACGGGCUUAAAAGCACGGGUCUCUCGAAUCUGUCGGCGACGUCGUUCCCUUUGGACGCAGAUCAGUCUCACGCGAACCGACGGGACGAGAAGCUGGUGAUGCCGCCAACACCACCACCGACGACAAACCGGCAGCUGAACGAGGAGCAGGCGGAAAGGCACCAACCAGAGCCACCGACAAGAGAGGCACAAGAAACUGACAGCGCCAAGGACAGUGUUAGCCAGACGGAGGAGCGGGAUAUGGAAAUGGUCGAGAUACAGCAAGCUACACAAAACGGAGGACAGGACGAACAGCAGGGCAAGGAGGCCGUGUCAGCCAACGGAGAACUGGACACAAAGGCGGCUGAACAGGAAGCGGAACAGCCAAAAUUGGCGACAGUGGUGGAGGAGACAAGCCCACUCACAUCGAUCACAGUGGCUUCGCUUAAUGCUGCUGCGGCCUUGCAAAAAGAGAAGAUGGCUAGCAGUGCGAUGGAAGUUGACGGGUAA